AUGGCGGUCCAGCUUCCCAGUCCGCCGCUCAGCCCCGGUUCCGACCCCGGCCUCGACCUCGACCCCGACCCCGUCGCUCACGACCCCCGCGGGCAAGGGCUCGCUGUCCUGUGGGAGUGCGACCGGCCCGAGGUGGACAUCUGCUUCGUGCACGGGCUGGCGGGGACUCGGGAGGGGACGUGGAGGGCGAAGGGGCGCGAGAAGCCGUGGCCGCAGGAGUUCCUGCCGCCAGCGAUCCCGACGGCGCGCAUCAUGACGUUUGGUUACGACGCGCAAAUCUUCGUCAAGGAUCCCGGCGCCGGAUCCAGGUCCAGGUCCGGCAGGUCGAGCGGCUCCUCGGUGUCCAAGUGGAGGACGGUGCUCAAGUCGUCGGGCGGUGGCUCGACCAACAGGCUCAGGGAUCACGCCACCAACCUCCUCAGCGACCUGUAUAUCAAGCGCAGCCGGGGCCGCGGCCGCCCCAUCAUCUUCGUCGCCCACAGCCUCGGCGGCCUCCUCUGCAAGGAGGCGCUCCUGAUGGCCGAGAAGGAGCAGCCCGGGAGCCCCAACGGGGACAUCUUCUCCUCCACCUGGGGGAUCGCCUUCCUCGGCACCCCUCACAGGGGCUCCACCGCCGCCCGGGAGAUGAGGUACCUGGCCGCCGCCCUGGAGAGGUACACCAGCGCCUCGCUCCUCGAUAACAUCGACAUCCUCGCCCCGGACAGCCAGUACCUGGACAGCAUGCGCCGGGACUUUGCCGACCUCCUCGGCCGCAGGGCUAGCAAGACGCCCAUCAACAUCGUCUGCUUCUACGAGGAGCUCAAGACGGAGACGCACUUGCUCUCUUCCAACGCUCAGCAUAUCGUGCCCAAGGCGUCCGCCACCUUGGACGGCUUCAGGUCGGGCAGCAUUUGCGCCAACCACAUGAACAUGGCCAAGUUCGCCUCUCCUACCGACCCUGGCUUCGAGAGGCUGGUUUUCGGUUACCUGAAGUACUGGGUCGAGUGCCUCCCGGCCGCUGUUGACUUACCGCCGAGCAGCACCGUCCCACCCGAGGCUCUGGGUGCCGCUCCCAUCAACCUCAUUAGCAAUGAAGAGUUCAAUCCCCAAAACACCACCCCUCAGAACGAUACAGGCCAGGUAAUACCUCCGAUCAACGCCAGCCCGCACGAACGUUGCCUCGAGUCUCUACAGUUCCCAGAAAUGAACCUGCGGUACGAGACAGUACCCAUAGCCUACCUCGGUACAUGCGAAUGGCUCUCCAAGCACGAGACGUACACGACAUGGGUUGAGUCCAACAGAGGCUUGCUCUGGAUUAAGGGGGGUGCUGGGACCGGCAAGUCGACGCUCUUGAAGCACGCCAUUGAAACCUACCAGCCUCACCAGGAAGGUCUCAUCUUCUCCUUCUUCUUCCACAAUCGUGGCAGCGAGCUUCAGAAGACCCCCCUAGGUCUCUUUCGCGCUCUUCUUCAUCAGGUCAUGUCCAAAAUCCCCGCCGCCUUGCCAGAGUUUGUCGAUCUCUUUCAGGAGAAGUCCAAGGGACCCGAUGGCGGCUGGGAAUGGGACCUGGAAGAGAUAAAGCCCUUUUUCGCACGUGCUCUCAUCAGAGUUCUCAAGUCCCGGCCGGUCUGGCUCUUCAUCGACGCUCUGGACGAGUGCAGUAACAAUGGUGCGCCCGCACUCGUCGCUUACAUCAAGUCCCUCUACAACAACCUCCCGCCGGCGGACGGCAAUAUGUAUCCCUUUCACAUCUGCUACAGCUGUCGCCCGUACCCGGGCCUGGACAGGGGCGGCUUCGAGAUAUGCCCCGAGAGGGAGAAUAGGCAAGAUAUCGCCAGCUUUGUGCAAGACUUACUCUUCUCGUACUGCGUCAAGUCGUCCAACGAGCUCCUUAAUCUGAUGUCGAGACGUGCCCUCGGCAACUUCAUGUGGGCGCGCUUGGUGGCUGACCAGGUGGUGGAAUUCAGCCGUAGCAGCCAGCACCAGGGUGACAUGGAGCUGCAGAUUGAGUCUAUCCCGGUAAACCUCGACAGCCUGUACACCGAUAUGCUCGAGGGUCUCGGCCCCGCGUCGUUGAGGCUUUUCCAAUGGCUGUGUUUCUCACUGUAUUCCAUGGCAUUGGAUGAAUGGCGCUGGGCCAUCGUUCUCGACCCGCUGGGCCCUCAUCAAUCAUUGGCGGAGUACAAGUCGGCAGAAGACUACUUCGAGGACGACGAGGAUCUCGAGAGACACUUGGAGGCGCUAGGCGGUGGCUUCGUCGAAAUCGUGGAUGCGGUCCGCGACCCAAGAGGUUUCAGAUACCUGUCCAACCGGCCGAGGAUUGUCCAAUUCGUCCAUCAAUCCGUCAAGGACUUCUUUCUAACCCGGGGACUCGCGAUCUUGGAGGCGUCAUUGGCCGCUCCUGGUGGGAGAAAAUUUUGUGGGGGCGGAGCUGAAGGAGCCGUCGAAAAGACAAGCUCUAGCGCCAGCCCUGAGAGGUCCGCCAGUGACAUCAGCAGAUUCGACGAUGAGGUGGAGGAUUCUGGUCAUGCAGCUGAGGCUUUGGUCGACGAAAACAGCUCUGCCAAACCUUUUGAAGAUGGCUCUAUUAGCAAAGAUGACGACUCUGCAAGCGCAGCAGAGAACCCCGUCGAGGAAACCAUUGGAUUAGGCUCUGUCUUCACUACUUCAGCCUACCAGAGAUGGGCCUUUCUUCAGACGUCAACCUCAAAAGCUUUCCUUUGA